GCGCGGGUCGGAGCGCAAAGCAGAGGGGGAGCAGGCAGUGCUGGGCGCCGACUGCGAGCCGAGGGGCUGGCGGAGCGCCUUGGGGCGCAGUGAGGGCACCCGCGAGCCCAGGGCGAAGAGUCCAACAGACUGCGCUCUGGGAGCCUUACAGAUGGGCAGCAGGACUACAGAAUAGUACCCCUAAAUGGAGAGAGAUUACAGGGCUGAUCAGAAAGGAUGAGAAACAAGAAAGAUACUCUUUAUUUCUGAAAGAGCACUACCUUAGAAAAAAGAGUCGGAACCAAUGUUCAGUGAACACUGAGUGCUUGGCCCGUGAAAAAUCCAAAGUGGCCAUUUUUACUGGAGACCACCAAGCGAAGGAGAGCUAAGGUAGUCCUCUCACCGUGGGAGAGAGCAUAGCCUUGCCAACCAGGAGCAUGUGGCUGCUGAUAACCCUUAUCAGUAACAAGAGGACAGCCUCACAUUGCCUCAUAUGACGUCCUCCAAUUCUUCCCUCACCUUCCCUGUUGCUAUGGAGACCACCAAUGGGGCUGAGACCUGGCAUGAGAGCCUGCACGCUGUGCUGAAGGCUUUAAAUGCCACUCUUCACAGCAACUUGCUCUGCCGGCCGGGGCCAGACAACCUGACUGAGGAGAAGCGGGCCAGCCUGCCUGGCCGCAAUGAUAACUCCUACAUGUACAUCCUCUUCGUCAUGUUCCUCUUUGCUGCCACUGUGGGCAGUCUCAUCCUCGGAUACACCCGCUCUCGCAAAGUGGACAAGCGCAGCGACCCCUAUCACGUGUACAUCAAGAACCGUGUGUCUAUGCUCUGAUGCUAAGAGGCCGGGAAUAGCAGAAGAUCAAGACACCUGAGGAUUAUCUUCUGGGGCCUCCAGGACUCAGCUAGGGGCCAUAUCCAGCCUCUGUGUCCUUAUCUGUAAGACUAACAAGAAACAGUGCUAAGGGAGGUCAUUGUCAGGGUGGGAAGAGAAGAUCUGAUGGACCUGGGCCUUGUGGAUAAGGAUUUUUUCCAGCAAAGAUAGACUUUCUAGCCUGUGGGAGCCCUCUGAACAAAUACAUAGACACAGCAACAUAUAAUAAAAAGUGAGUGGCCUAGUUGCCAGAGUGUUGGGGGCUAGGAGUUCAAGGAAGGAGAAGAGGAAGUCAUAGCAAAGGGAAAUGAGAUAGGAAAAUACCCUGAGGACACAGUUUUUUGAUGUGUUAUGGUGAUGAUUAUCCCAUAUCACAGAUAGGAAAUCUAAAUUAUAAGCUUUAUCACAGUUGUUCACAUUUUAUGUUUUUCAGCCCAUUCAACAUUUGUGAUGUUACCACCCCAUGAGGGAAGCAGAGCAAAUGCUCUUCUGCCCAUUUGGGCCAGAGUGGUGCCAUGACUGGAACCCAAGAUCUCUGGUCUCUUUGCCUAAUGCUUUGCAAAACUCUGUGCUACCUAAGAGUGGAUCUAGGCCUAAAAUUUACAUAAUUCUAGGGAGUCCUCCUUAAGAAGAGUAAUUUUCAAAUAUCUUAUUUUUGCAAAUAUUCCGAAAACAUAUCAGCAUAUUAAUACAUUGUUAGGUCCCCUCCUAAGACCUUAAGAAGGAGCCAUGUGAGUACAGAACCCUAAAUGUCAAGCCUCAUUAGGUCCAUGGUUCCUGUGCCCUUCCAGCCAUGUCCCCCUGCCCUUCCCAGUCCCAUCGCCAGUCCUGGGAACUUCACUACCUCUAAGGCAGCUUCUAACAUUCUGAUUGAAUUCUGUGAGAAAUCUUCUGAUACCAAGUUGAAAUCUUGCUUCUAGAAAGUUAUUAUUACACCUAGAAGAUAUCAUAUUAAAAGAAGCAGGUACCUGAUUCAGUGGAAAGAGAACCAGCUCUGAUUCUACUACCAGUGUGGUGUAUGAUCUGGCUAGACACUUUUCUGACUCUUGUUCUUCAGAACCUUGAAAUAGAAGGAAAAUUGAAAUAGUUGAAAGUCUCUAAGUGCUCGAUCAGAUCUGACAUUCUAGGUUUCAUGUACAUUGAUUUGAACCAUAUAAAACUGCUGUGCUUGUAGAUUAAAAAAACAGCUGAAUAUCAGUAGUCUCCCAUGGUUCAGCUGAAUUCCUCAAAUGUGGCAAGCUACAAAUCCCAGACUAGAACCUUCCACUCUUCUGUUUCAUUUCUGUUUUUAAGGGAUCUCCAUGGGGUCUCCAGAAAGCCCUGUCAAAACAUACAUAUUUGUGUACAGCAAACACUUUGAAAGAAUAUUUUGAUAGCACUUACCACUGAAGAGGAGGAUUAUGGGUGAUUUUCCCUUUCUACUUUAAAAUUUUAUGUAAUAUUUGAUUUAUUUGACCAUAAGUAUGUUUCUUAUAUGAUACGGUCAGGGGUGGGGGAGGGAGCUACUUCCGCUUCGAAAAAUAAAUGCCUGUGUGUUCCUUGAAUGGAGGAUCACAGAACAACUUUGCUCCCCUGAGCAGUUAGUUAUGUUGAUUCCAUGCAAAUUCAUGUGCUCAAGCCUUUCCUCAUAUCUUCUCGAGGGAGAAGCUGGAGACCUGAUUAAGAAUAUGUGAUGUAAGAGUGUACAAUGGACUUGGAAGUCUGCAACUGGAUGGGACUUUGGCGACCACCCAGUCCAAACGCCCAAAUAACAUACAGAAUCCCGUGAAGUAUGAGAAUGAAUGUCAAGUGACGGGUGCUAUCAGGAUUUGGGGAGAUGAGACUGAGGAGAUGUAGAGGAGCCACAGAAAGGUAGGGUUUGAACUGGGCUUUGAAACAGGACAGAUCCCAGUGGACAGAGUGAAUGAAGGGAAUGAAACAAGGAAGCUUGGAGGCAGAAAUGUGGCGAGACCACCCCCCUGAAGAGAGCAAGGUCAGGUGGAUGUUGGAUGGAGCAAGAAGCAGCCCAGAGUGGCUGCAUUGGGAGUUCAGUGUCCCCAUCGAUAUACACCUGGAGAAGAAAUGGCAACCCACUCUGGUACUCUUGGCUGGAAAAUCCUGUGGACAGAGGAGCUUGGCAGGCUGGGUCCAUCAGAUCACAAAGAGUUGGACACAACGGAGCACACACACAUGCCCCUUCACACAGUCCUUAUAACUCACAGGGCUUAAUAAUAAAGUAAUACAAAUGCUUUGGAACACGA